AUGUAUGUGAAAUGGUUUGAUACAGGAAUGUUUUACUAUGUGAUUUUAGUGAUUUUAGUGAAUGUCACUUUUUGUCAUUUUCAAAUUUCCUGCCGUUCCGUCCCCCGUACGUCCCGACACUCACAGGGAACGGAACCCGGAAGACAGAUGCCGGCAUCCGCCGGAGGACAUUACAGGGGACACUGCAGGAGGGACAUCGCGGGAGCGCAGGACAAGGUAAGUGGAGAAGAGAUCCCUGAGCAGCGCCACAUGAUAAGCCCGAGUGUAGCUCGGGGUUACCGCUUUUUGUACUGAAACUUUACCCCGAGCUACACUCGGGAAUACCACCAGGGGGGUUAAGCUCCACCAUU